ACGCGCGCGCUCCAGGUCGUUCAGGUCGCGACGACGAGGCGAGCGCGGCUCGCGCGCGCGGCGUGAUCCCGCGCCGUCGCCAUGGCGUCCCGGUUCCUGCGCAAGACGGUCAGGACUCUACCUUCGCCACUCCCAUCACUUGCCGAUCUGCGGUACGUGGUGGAGCGCACGUGCACGUACGAUCUCAAGCGCGGGUGGGACGCGCUCGGCGUGACCGUCGUGAAGAGCGUGGCCCCGACCUUCCCCGACCUUCUGCAGCAGAUCCAGCGCACGCGCGACGAGCUCGCGAAUAACCUCGACCCGCCGCUGGCGACGGACUCGGUGUGCGGCGCGGUGCUCUUCUCGGGCGACGCGAUGUCGCCCGCGAUCCGAACGUCCCCGAGACUCGUCCCGCGCGACGACGACGACGACGCGGACGCGGACGCGCGCGCGUCGCGCGCCCCGCGCGCGUCGCGCGCCCCGCGCGCGUCGCGCCGCGCCGCCCUCCUCGUGCGCGAGCUGUACUACCCCGAGCACGACGACGAGGAGCUCGUCGCGUUUCGCGCCAUCGCGGCGAAGCCCGGCUGGCUCUUCGACCCCAACCUGUUGUCGCGCCCGCUGUUGUCGCUGCCGUGGCCGCGACGCGCGCACGUCGGCGACGUCGUCGCGUUUCUCGACCCCGCGGAGGCGGAUGCGGAUGCGGAGACGGACGACGGUGAUCCCGCGGUGAUCGUCCGCCGCGUCGCCGCGCUGGAAGGGGACGUCAUGACGUCCACGACGGGCGCGGAGGACGACUUCGUCGUCCCGGCGGACCACGCGUGGGUGCUUCGCGACUGCGACGACGGGGUCGCGUCCGCGUCGGACGCGCGAGAUAGCCGCGCGUUCGGACCGCUGCCGCUGCGGCGCGUCAUCGGGAGGGUGGUGUACAGCGCGCGGAGCGCGAGCGAUCACGGCGUCGUGAGGAACAGCGCGGAGGCGACGCGGGUGGACGUGCCGAUAUUGAGCGCGGAGCUGGGGAGGGGAUUGGAGACGAUGCUGUCGCUGUUGGAGGAGGCGGCGGAGGAGGGAGACGCGAGGUCGCGGUAGGGUAGCUAUGAGCUUAAUCAUUCAUUCAUUCGCACGUUCGCUC